AUGCGGUUCUCCGUCGCCGCGGCGGAAACGGACAUAAGCCAUGCCGCAGCCUCUUUUAUUGAUAGUGGCAAAAAACUGCUGUUGCUUCUUCCGCAUAUAAAUCCUCGACUUUUUUCCGCACCUGCCAUGGCUACCGAGACUGUACAGACCGAGCCGGUAACUAGUGAUGCGAUGAGCACUGGAACUGUGGCUAUUGAAGAGCCCUCUAGACCCCAUUACACGUGGAAAAAAUCAUUCAAUGACUGGCUUAGUCAAACAUGGAGUAGUCAGUAUUCUGAUGAAAAGGUUGAAAGCGAGUUGCUCUCGUGUUUACCGUUUUUUCCCGACGGAGAUGCCACCAGAAGAGCCAAAAUUAUAAAUACUGACAUUGGAAACGGCAAUUACAUCCAUGAGUUUUUCAUUGAAAACACACAAAAACCCAAGAAACCAGACCAGGUUCGCGAUAUCGUGCUCGUACACGGCUAUGCGGCAUCACUUGGUCUAUUUAUAGACAAUUUUGAUGAUCUUUCCUCAAUUCCUGGCAUCAAAAUCCAUGCCAUCGAUUUGCUUGGUUUUGGGUUUUCUUCACGCCCUCACUUUCCCAAAUUUCCUAGUGAAACAGAGAAGGAUAUUCACAAGGUGGAGGAUUGGUUCAUUGACUCGUUCGAACAGUGGAGACUCAAGAGAAACCUCGACCGGUUCACAUUAAUUGGCCACUCAUUUGGUGGAUAUUUGAGUUGCGCGUAUGCCCUCAAGUAUAACAAGCCCACACAAGCAGGCCCCAAUGUUCUCGAUAAGCUUGUGCUAGUCAGUCCUGUGGGUGUCGAGCGCAGCCGUCAUUCUUUGUUUAACAACAUCAAAGACGACGGUAAGCAAAAUGAUGUGGACAUUCAAAAGGAAAUUAAACAAAACCAAGAAGAGGUUGUUUCUCAAGACGCAGACACCUCUACCGACGAAAACAGGUACCCGACAUGGCUCCUGUACAUGUGGAAGAGAAACUACUCACUCUUCCUGAUAAUCCGUGUAGCUGGUCCAGCGAAAUCAAAGUGGAUUUCCGGAUGGACGACGAGGCGGUUUGCUCAUAAAUACAGGGAGAAUCCAGUCUUCUUCCAGAAUAUGCAUAAUUACAUCUACAGAGUGUUCAAUGGCAAAGGUUCCGGUGAGUACGCUUUGACGAGGGUACUUGGAGUCGGAGCAUUGGCCAAGCUUCCACUUAUAGACCGGUGCCCAGAAAAAUUCGCAGCUAUGAACUUGCCAACUUAUUGGGUUUACGGCGAUAAAGAUUGGAUGAAUGAGAAGGCAGGAUUAGAAAUGACAAAAGAUAUCAACCGUUUGGCCGGAAAAAAAUUGGCCCACUAUGACAUUAUUUCCAACGCUGGCCAUCAUGUGUAUUUGGACAAUCCUCCAUCAUUUGCCCAUAAUCUCUUCAAGUUUCUUGAGAUGUAA